AUGGUCAACGACGCCAUAGCAAGCCUGAAAAAACGCGGAGGAUCGUCGCUGCAGGCGAUCAAGAAAUAUAUGUCGGCCAAUUAUAAAAUCGACGCCGAGAAAAAAUCAACAUACAUCAGAAAGUAUUUAAUGUCGGCAGUUGAAAUGGGAACACUCAUUCAUACGAGAGGCAACGGUGCUUCGGGUUCGUAUAAACUUGCCGCUAGACAGAGGGGCGGCGAAAGCGGUGUUUCGGCUGGAAAAGCUAGGACCGCUAAGAAGCCAGCGAUAAAAAUAAAAUCGAAGACAGCAAAGUCGAAGGGCGUCUGCAUCCGCAGCGGGCACAUUAAAAAAGUCGUCGGCGAAACCUAA